AUGUACACAACACGUGGGUUCUAUUUCAUAGCUGUGAUCUGCGCUUUGGUUUACUGUGAGAUUGUCGAAGACAGAUGGAAACAGUGGUGGGGUUAUGACGUCAUUGCAGGUCCAGAGAUGUGGGGCAGGAUGGGUCCUUACAAGAUGUGCAGUAACGGUAAACAACAGUCUCCGAUAGACAUCCACCCAGAUAUGUUACUGUUCGAUCCCAAUCUUAAACACGUGAAGGUGGAGUCCGUUCCGGUAAAUGGAAGACUCACUAACACCGGAAAUGACAUCACAUUGUUUCUAGAUCCUGACUUCGUAAAUCAUGUCAAUAUCAGUCAGGGCCCUCUGUCAUAUGUGUACCAUGUGACGUCAUUAAAGUUCCAUUACAGCAAAGUGGAUGUAAACGGAUCGGAACAUCGCAUAGCUGGACGGUCUUUUCCCGCUGAGCUUCAAAUGAUUGGAUACAAUGGUGAUCUUUAUGAAAAUAUGUCGCGUGCCGAAAAUUCAUCCAAUGGAAUUGUAGUCAUCUCGACUUUUCUCGAGAUAGCGUCAGAAAAGACAGAUGAAAACUCAGCUUUAGAUGCACUUACAACCAAGUUAGACGACUUAGCCUGGGAAAGAGGUGCAUACGUGCCGAUAACGGCGUUCUCGGUGGACGAGCUUCUGCCGCUUACGGAACAUUACAUAACUUACGAGGGAUCGAUGACACAACCUAGCUGUCAGGAAACUGUCACAUGGAUUAUAUUUAAUAAACCAUCAUACAUUUCAGAAAAACAGUUAAAUGCUUUCAGAAGCGUGUGGAUGGAAUGGCAGAUGAACAAUAUCAGACCUGCAAUGCCCCUCAAUCACCGUGUGCUGAGGACAAAUAUCAACACUCGCAAACAGGACUUGACAACUGUGGAGCCAACAGAUAAAGGGAUUACCGAAAGCCAAAUUAGCACUAUGCAAAGUACCGACCAGAACUGA